AUGGAGUUCGGGUUGGUGACAGAGUCGGAGCUCUUCGACCUCAUCACAAUGGAGAAGAACUCGAAAGCCCAUGCUGCCUGGAAGAACGAGCAAGUGACCAUGGAAAACCACCUCGGUGUCAAAUGCCGGCAAUACCUGAUCAGCCUCGCUGGACUUGAUCUUAGCACGAUUUUUUCGAUCAGGAAAAUCCGCUUCCAGGCAAGUGCAAGCAUGACACAGGAUGAAAUGCUCCUCCAGGCUGCGCGGCAGUUUGAGGAGGGCCAGGCGGAGUUGCACUGGAGUUACCACACCGGCGAGCAGAUGGGCAGCUUCCCCAAGCCCGUGUCCAGUGGCAACAUUCCUGCGCUUGAGGAUUACAAGCUCAAGUUGCAGAAGGUAAGCAGCGCUCCGGCAGCGGUGGCGGACUUCUCAGAUGACGAGGAUGAGAAUUCCAAGCAAGUUCUCGGCUCGUCUCGCCGCUUCCGUGAGGCUGCGGCUGCUGGCAAAGUCAAGGCGAAAGCGAAGGCCGGCAAGCGCAAAGCAAUCGCAAGGGAGGACGAGGACGAGGAGGCGGGCCCGGACAACUUGGAGGGCCUCGGCCUCGGUGUCCACGAAAAGGAUUUGGCUGUCGUUGUGGAGGAGUUGAAGACGACCCCAAGAUGUUUUGCCAACUUGUCGGUGGAGCGAAUACUUGGGGGCGAGAAGCUCAUGAGGAGCUGCGCGCGGAGCGUGGCGGAGACCCUUCGCAAAGAGGGGAAAUGGCAGUGCAAAAUCCUGAGCAAGGUCAUCGAGACCUGCGAAUUGGCAAACGGCUUGAAGCACCACCUCGAGAGUCUGUCGAAGAGAGACUUACGAAACAGCGUGGCCUUGCUGUUGGACAGAGACGUACUUCUGCCAUUGACGAUUCGGGUCCAAGUGACCAAGCGGGCCGUGCGCUUCAUGACCGAUGAGCUCCUCGAGCUCAGCAAGCAAGGCAAAGCCGGAGCGAAGGAUUCGAAGGCAGAGAUGCUCCUGGACAGCCUGGUGCCGAUCAUGUGUGUGUGGAUGCGGGCUAAGACGAGCUGGAGCUUCUUGAGCCCUUGCUUCAGCGCUCUUGCGAGCGAGUUGUCCAGUGAGUCCGAGUACGAGAACAUGGACGAGCAAGGCAAGGCCAAGGAAAGUGCAGUGCGGCAGGAGUUGGAAGACGCCGUGGUUUCCUCUUUGACUGCGCCCGGCUUCAUGCAGCUGCUCGAGGCAGGAGGAAGCCGGCAUGACGUGCUGUAUGGCUUCGCCGAGCGCUACGUGGAGGCCUACACCAGAGAUCGCCCAGAUGAGCAGGAGAUGCAACCAGUGGUGAAGCAGGCGGCUGCAAAGCUCCACAGGGUCUUUGCUGCGAUCGUCGUGAUGCUGAAUCCGAUCCCUGGCAUCCUCGACACGACGCCUGCAGCGGUCAGUUACAUCGUGGAGAAUGCGGACAAGACGAACGGCUUGCUGAAUGCAGUGUCUACUGUCAUGACGAACCAUGCCUUCUGGCAGAAGCAGAUUGAUGAUUGCUUGCUCAAGGGACCUGCGAGCAUGAAGCAUGCCACAGCGCUGAAGGACCUCACAGAGGAGCUUCGUGCGGAGAAUGAGGAUGAGUCCAAGCAGCAUGAGCUUUCAGAUCUGCUGCGAAAGCUGCCCAGCGUCCUUUCCGAUCUCAAGAAAACUCUGCGGGUGGAUGCAACACGCAACUUGGAGGUUUUGGUGAAGCACCGGCUGAACCGCCUUUGCAAGUGGACCUUGCAGAAGACUGAUGUAUCGGGCCUUCCAGGUGACCAUCUGGAUGUUCUGCAAAAGCUCUUGAAUGUUUUCAGUACCGACAAGGUUGUGGGUUUGGCAAGGCUGAAAGCUCUUGCUGAGGGCCAGGAAGGUGAGUUGUCGGUCAAAGAGGUGGCUGAGCUGCUUGAUGGGAUCGGUGAUGCCAUCACUGAGGUCUGCUACCAUGCGGAGGUGGACAGCAAGGACAUCGACAUCUUCAGCCGGUGCGUGGACCUUGCGUACCCGGACAAGUCCAAGGCGGAGCUUUGGCUGGCUCAGGUUGAUAUGCUGAGGUCAAUCACUAACUUGAAGAAGUUGCAGCAGAAGUGGUUCGCAUGCGGCCGCUCCAAUGAUGCGAGAUUGAAGAACGACGUGAAGAAUGGCUGCCUCCUCAACUUCUUCAAGACGGCCGACCUCGUCAACAACAAGAUGAGCCAGCUCAAUGAGAAAAUGGCCCAGGUGCAAGACAUGUCGAUGCAGCCGCCGGUCAACAUCGCGGCGGGUGGGCUCGUGCUCGAGAAAGCAAUGCUCGAUUCGCUGAAUGAUGUGGCCGAUCUGCUUCACAGCAGCGCAAAGAAGUUCAUCGAGGAGAUGAGUGACAUUACGGAGUACAAGCAUAUGGGUGAUAAGUUCUGGAGGUCCGGAUUGGCCUUGGACGCCAGCGUCACCGACGUCACCAAUUCUGCAGCCACGACCAUCGGCCACAUCAACCCAGAGGGCAUGGAUGGAGUGAUCCAGAAGCUGCAUGAGGUCGUCAACUCAUGCUCCGAGAUUUACCUCAAGGCAAAGUUCCUGGGACAGCAGGCGAAGCCGGCUUUGGAGACACUGAAGCAGGCCCAUCAUAUCGCAAAGAUGGAGUGGAAAAGUGGUGUGAUUUUUCGUGUGGAGGGCCUCUUGCUGGCGAUCUUGCUCGAGAACGAUCAAAACAACAAGGUCCGCCUCGCACGAAAAGAGAUUGCAGGCCUCGCCGGCAACACCCGUGGCAUCGGCGCCGAUGAUGUUCAUGUGGCUAUCUACAAUUCAGUGAAGAACUUGCUGCCCUCGUGA